AUGUUGUGCAUGUCGUCAGCAGUAAGACGAACAAGUGCAAAAGAAGCGUCUCAUGACUUUACGAUUUUCUUUUGGAACUUUCUGAAGAUCAUUUACAGAUUACUGUUACUUAGGAUGCUUCCUUCGACAAACUUUAUGACUUUAACAUUUGCUUCGAAAAAUCUAUUUAAAAAAAUAAAUUCCGUAGCUAAAUUAAUCACAAUGUUGACGAGGUUAAGUCAAGACAAGACAUUACAACAUCAUUUUAUUCUCUGA